AUGAUAUGCACCUCCAUAACCCCCUACAUCAGGGAAGAGACCAUAUCAGAGAUCACGGGGACACCCGACUUCUACGCCCAGGAGGGCAGUGACGUCACGCUGUGGUGCAGGUUACCACACUUCAUGGAACCUCCCAGCUACGUCUUCUGGUACCACGGCAGCGACAUGAUUAAUUACAGCGCCGACGAGAAGAUCACCGUCAUUAGCCAGGGAGGCGAGAGCAGACUCCGGAUUCAAAAAGUCGAGAAAAAGGCGUCUGGCAACUACACCUGCAUGCAAGCCAAUGCCAGGCCUUCUUUCAUCAUCCUUCACGUUAUCACAGGGGACACCCCAGCGGCCAUGCAGAGGGCGUCCGCUCCGCCCAUCGACAGCGCCUUCACCGUCACCUUAGGCCUAGCGUAUGUGUUCAUGCUCCUGAACGGCCUAUGA